AUGAGCAAGUCUAACCGUGACUGCCAGAUCGACCAGCAUCACCGGAACCAGUGCCAAUACUGUCGCCUGAAGAAGUGCUUCCGGGUGGGCAUGAGGAAGGAGGCCGUGCAGCGCGGCCGCAUCCCGCACUCCCUGCCCGGCGCCGUGGCCGCCUCCUCCGGCAGCCCCCCGGGCUCGGCGCUGGCGGCGGCGGCGGCGGGCGGAGACCUUUUCCCCGGACAGCCGGUGUCGGAGCUGAUCGCGCAGCUGCUGCGCGCCGAGCCCUACCCCGCGGCGGCCGGGCGCUUCGGCGCGGGCGCGGCGGGCGCGUUCGGCGCCGGGGGCGGCGCGGCGGGCGCCGUGCUGGGCAUCGACAACGUGUGCGAGCUGGCGGCGCGGCUGCUCUUCAGCACCGUGGAGUGGGCGCGCCACGCGCCCUUCUUCCCCGAGCUGCCCGUGGCCGACCAGGUGGCGCUGCUGCGCCUCAGCUGGAGCGAGCUCUUCGUGCUGAACGCGGCGCAGGCUGCGCUGCCCCUGCACACGGCGCCGCUGCUGGCCGCCGCCGGUCUGCACGCCGCGCCCAUGGCCGCCGAGCGCGCCGUGGCCUUCAUGGACCAGGUGCGCGCCUUCCAGGAGCAGGUGGACAAGCUGGGCCGCCUGCAGGUCGACUCGGCCGAGUACGGCUGCCUCAAGGCCAUCGCGCUCUUCACGCCCGAUGCCUGCGGCCUCUCGGACCCAGCACACGUGGAAAGCCUGCAGGAGAAGGCGCAGGUGGCCCUCACCGAGUACGUGCGGGCCCAGUACCCGUCCCAGCCGCAGCGCUUUGGGCGUCUGCUGCUGCGGCUCCCCGCCCUGCGUGCUGUCCCCGCCUCCCUCAUCUCCCAGUUGUUUUUCAUGCGCCUGGUGGGCAAGACGCCCAUCGAGACGCUGAUCCGAGACAUGCUGCUGUCAGGAAGUACCUUCAACUGGCCUUAUGGCUCAGGCCAGUGA